UCCGCACUCUUAUUCCCGCCGUCUCCCGCUCGGUAACGUCUACCCGAGAAAUCCGCAGCCUUAUCUAACGUUCCCAGAAUGUUGUGCUCCGUCUCCAUGGCAACAGGCACGCAAGAAGCACAAGGACCCUCCGGAUGGAGAGGUCCUGAUUAUUAUAGAGGAUUCUAGUUCAGUGCCUGCUCAUGUUUCCAGUUGGUCCGCCUUCUCUUAGUGUUUGUAUACGGCAAAAUGGAUUUUUAAAAAAGCUCUACUUUUCAUCCAAAACAAAAGGAGGAAAUGACAUUCAGAAAAGUAAACAUAUUCAUCCUGGUACUUGCUGUUGUUAUAUUUCUGUUAGUGCUGCAUCACAAUAUACUAGGUCUCAGUGACCUAUUGAAAAGGGAAUUGUCAGAUUCAAGUCCUUUAGGACUCCAGCCUAUAGAUUUUAUUCCUGAGGCUCCUCAAAGGCUGAUGGAUGACCAAAGUGACAGAGAAAUACCUGUGGUCAUUACAGCUUCUGAUGACAGGCUUGGGGGUGUAAUUGCCGCUGUGAACAGCAUUCACCAAAACACCAAGUCCAAUGUGGCAUUCCAUAUUGUCACUCUGAAUGAUACAGUGGACCAUUUGAGAUCAUGGCUUAGUAAAACGAGUCUGAAAAAUGUGAAAUACCGAAUUUUGGAUUUUGACCCCCAUAUGUUGGAUGGAAAAGUAAGGAUUGACUCAGAAAUGCCAGACUCAAUAAAGCCUCUAACCUUUGCAAAAUUCUAUUUGCCUAACUGGGUCCCUAAUGCAGAAAAGGCUAUUUAUUUGGAUGAUGAUGUGAUUGUGCAAGAUGAUAUCCUUGAACUUUAUAACACUAAACUGCAACCUGGCCAUGCAGCUGCUUUCUCAGAUGACUGCGACUCUACCACAAACAAGUUUGCAGUUCGUGGAGCAGGAAACCAGUAUAAUUACAUUGGAUUUCUUGAUUAUAAAAAAGAAGCCAUUCGGAAGCUGUCUAUGAAAGCAAGUACGUGCUCUUUCAAUCCAGGGGUCUUUGUUGCUAAUCUAACAGAAUGGAAGUUACAAAAUAUCACUAAGGACCUGGAGAAAUGGAUGGCACUUAAUGUGGUAGAGGAGAUAUACAGUAGGACUCUUGCAGGCAGCAUCACUACACCCCCUCUGCUCAUUGUAUUUUACAAGAGGCAUUCAAACAUUGAUCCCAUGUGGAAUGUACGCCAUCUGGGUUCUAGUGCUGGUAAAAGAUACUCGCCACAGUUUGUGAAAGCUGCCAAACUACUCCACUGGAAUGGACAUUUCAAACCCUGGGGAAGGACAGCAUCCUAUGCAGAAGUCUGGGAAAAAUGGUACAUUCCAGACCCUACCAACAAAUUCAACCUGAUCCGGAGACACACGGAUAUCUAUGAAACAAAAUAAAUGGAUUUGAUACACUUGUACUCUCAGGAAAUUGACCAGUCCACUGAAUGAGAUCAGUAAUACUACAUCCACCAUUUUGUAUUUCAAUGGAGAAACUUUUAAAUACUUGAAAUUGCAUGCUUCGGGGAGUUGGCUCUCUGUAAAUAAUGCUAUUGUAAUGGAGCUGAGAGUACCUCUAUGAACGAGCAUUUUGGAACUUAAUGGAGUGUUCCUGAAUAACCGCCCAGUGCUAAAAGGCAUGUGACGAAAUGAACUGCUCCCAGUAAUGGCCCACUGCUACUACUGGACAAUGGCCACACAUCUUGCACAGCAAUCUAAUGUACUGAAAAAGCUGUUACCACUCUCUUUUACUUAACCUGUGAAUAUAAGCUUUAUUCUAAACAUCUAUUGGUGGACAAUCAGUUCCAGUCUCUAAAUCACAUUUAAUUGAAUGGUGAAAACUAAAUUGGAUUUCCCAGAAUUAGGUCUCUUGUAAUUAAUUUAAAAAAAACAAUACUUCAUUGCUUUGAACAGUUACCCCAUCAACACUAAAGGGAUGAUUUUAAAAACUGUGGAAACAGCUGCUCAAAAAUUUACUAUGAAUUUCUUAUAUGGAAAUAUUAAUUUGUAUUUGAAGUGUUUUUUCUGUGAAUAAGAAGUCUUUUACAAAUAUAUUUGCACUUGUUAGCUCAUGUCGUCCCAAUGCAUUUGUUUUCUUGUUAACUAUGUAUACUACCCCAGUUUAAUGUUAAAUAUGCUGACUAAAAAUGUAAUACAAAUAAAAUACUGUUUUUUGCAUUUGGCACAAUUGAAUCCACACGGUUCCUCAAGUUGGAAAAAGCUAAAACCACCACACAGAGAGUGAGCAUUGAUGGGUACUUCAUUAGGUGCUCUCCUGUGAAGAUUUUAAAUGCCAUGGAACCAGCUCUCAGAGGCAGGAACCGCUGUAUCCCCCCAGUCCCUACCCAAAUUGGUUCUGCCAGAGAGAGAUUGUUCUUUG